AUGUCAACCAAGUACACUUUAUGUCGAUUUAAAUGUAUACGAUUUUAUAUGAGGGGACGACCGGGUAUGAGGCCGAAUGGACUAUUGCCUAACUACAAACCAAAUUUAACUCAGACUCUUUGGCGAUAUUUCAAUGCACCAGGAAACGUAAUGUUUGUCACCACGAAUGUAAUCACUUUGAUUGGAUUAAUUACAUAUACUACAUUAGCGCAUAAUGGGGGUUCUUUUGAUCUUGGUGAUGAAGAAAUUAUGGUAAACCGACAUUUAGAUCAGCUAAAUCAUAAGAGGCAGCUUUUACAAAUUGAAAAAUUAGAGACUUUGAAAAGACAAUUAUUGCAACAAUUGCAAAGGAAACAGCUUGAACUGGUAGCUACCGAUAGUCCACUGGAACCAUACAUCGCAAAAUCGGUCUCGAUGGACGAAGCUGGUAAAAUGGAUUCAUUCAAUCCGUUACUUUGUAAAAUAUCAUUGUUCCAUAUGAUAUACGCCUAUCAGCUUUAUCAAGAUGUGAUUUCUGAACCAUACAGUAAGAAGAAAAAUGGUUUUAGGGAAUGGUUUCAUCAUAUUAGUAUUAUGAAACAUAAUAAUUCUCAAAUCAUGAACAAAGGGAUAACUCUAAAAUCAAAUCUUAAUCAAUUUUAUAAAAUCUGGAAAUCUGAUUGUUCGAAAUUAUUUCAGGAUCUAACCAAAGUGGAUCACUUUAAGUUCCCUAAUUGGCAAAAGUGUCCGAAUAAAAGUUUUCAACUGUUAUGUCGGGAGUUAUAUGACAAUGAGUUGAAUAGUAUCGAUGAUUUUGCACGAUUUUAUGGCAACGUACGCUCGAGAAAUUUUAAAAAAUUGAUCAGAUAUUGGAUUUACGACAAUUCGAGCCUACUCAAAAAGAGCACAAAAAGUCAGGAAUCAUUAUUUAAUACAUUGUUGAUAGAAUCGAAUGAUGAUACAGAAUUGUUCAAUAAAUACUUAUCUAUCAUAAUAAAUCCGGAGAAUAAGAGAAGGAAGUUUUUUUUCAAAAACGAUUCCAUAGAGUUAGACACACUGCUGAACGCAUUACAAGGCUGUAUCCAACAAGCUCAUUUCCAUGACUGUAAUACCGAACUUGUAAGAAUAAUGCACAUACUUAAAAAUAACGGAUAUAUCGAUAAGUACAAGAAGGUACGAAUUUCUUUAGCUGGCAAAAGCAAACCACCACUUGAGUCCGAAUAUUAUGAAUCUUUAAGUGAAAAUAAAAGGCUACUGUGGCUACUAUCGUCAAUACCGAGAUAA